GGUUUUACUGUAUAUUAAAUAUUUUUAUUAAUAAAAUAUUUUUAGCAAGAAUGACUAAAACCGAACCCUGCAGUGGGAUGGGUUAAAUUAGCUUGCACUAGGUUCUCUUUCGUUGUUUCUCCAAUGGCAGACGAUAACAUUAGAACUGCCUUUUUAGAGAUUCAGGGUCGCAUGAUUGAAACCACUGCCAAACUAAAGCAGGUGCAAAACCAGAUGAGAACUAAAGAGGGAGAGAAGAAGAGAUCUUUCUUGACAUUGGAGGAGCUUCGUCAUCUUCCUGAUGAUACUAAUACCUACAAAUCUAUUGGGAGAACGUUUGUUUUGGAGCCAAAAUCAGUUCUGAUGACUGAACAAGAACAGAAACUUAAGGACAGUGAGACUGCAAUUUCUUCACUUGAGACCUCAAAGGAAUACUUGGAAAAGCAAAUGGCCGAGGUGGAGAACAACUUGAGGGAGCUUUUGCAGCAAGAUCCGGGUCUUGCUCGUCAGAUAAUGUCCAUGAGUGUAAUGUAAGUUUGGCGUUUCAGGGAAAAAUGUUGCAACAUAUUGUGGUUCCCAUUUGAAAGGGUAAUAGGGAAUGUUGUGGUAAGAAUGUUGUGAAACUUCUUUUUCUUGUAAGAAUGCAUUAUGUAGUUGGUUUGCUGGCUUAUUUCAUUUGUCAAAUAGUUUGGUUUAAACAAUACUUGCUAUUUAUUUAUUUAUUUAACUA